GCGUCAUCUCGUGUUACAGUCUAUGGUUUCAAUCGAUGGAGGGCUGCUAAUGGAUCGCAGCACUACCCGAACACUGGCCGGAAAAGUAUGUGCCUGUACGACAGAAAAUAGUGCCCACAAAGACUUGUAAUUUCUGUGAACCUAAAAUACUGGUGGCGUGUUACAAAGGUUUGCGUGGAUGUUCACUGAAACAACCUCAUAUUCAAUAACUUGCAGCGUUAUGGAGUUUUCCCCGUUUUUUUGUGCUUCCAAGCAAUUGCAAUGGCCACUAUUGAUUCAUGUUUUUUCUACGACUUCAAGUCAAAGCCAACCUGACUUGAAGGGGACUGUAAAGUCUGCAUUACAAUUCGGGCACACCUCCAAGGGAAAGAUUUCAAAUAAAGAGUACGACUUUUCAGGAAGUGUCCUACCACAACAGAACAGUAGUCGCUGCUGGACAGUUUGAGUUUGACAGCACAGUUUGACAGUACCAUUUGGUUUGGAUGGAUGCAUAGCUAAGCUAUGACAUGAACUGAUAUUAACUGUGGCUAAAAGUCAAUGAAGAUCAGAUCGCGAUUCUAACAGCGGGACUGUGAAGGUGCCAGUGGAGCAUCGUGUGAGUCAGAUGACAGAACGGAGAUGAUGGUAGCUGACGUUUUGCCAAGAGGCUGCUAAUUCAUUGGGAGCGGACAGUUUGCCAUGCCUAUGUUACCAGUAUUGCCAGAGAUCCAGAGCCAUGUCCUGGCAGAGUUUGACUGUCUGGAUCCCCUGCUGUCUGCUCUCCGUCUGGACUCUGGCAGGCUCAAGUGUACCUGCCUGACUGCAUCCAGGAAAUGGCUCGCUUUGGGAACGUCAGCAGGAGGGCUGCACCUCAUCCAGAGGGAGGGAUGGAAACAGAGACUCAUCCUCACGCACAAGGAGGGAUCCAUCACCCAGGUGGCCUGUUGUCCACAUGAUGAAGACUUCAUUGCUGUGGCUACAAGUCAGGGCCUGGUAGUGGUGUGGGAGCUGCAGCUGGAGCGCCGUGGCCGGCCUGAGAGGGUCAGUGUGUCCUGGGAGCACCGCGGCCAGGUGAUCACCUCCCUCUGCUGGGAUACAGCAGCCCUCCGGGUGUUUGCAGGUGACGCAGGAGGCAAGGUUUCCUACCUCCGUGCCGGGUCCUCCAAACUCGGAAAGGGUUCCGGUUUUGUGAUCUUCCCUGUCCAGACAAUCACCACCGUGGACUCCAGGGUGGUUCAGCUGGGUUACCUGGACGGACGUCUGCUGGUGUCCUCUCUCAGCCGCUGCUACCUCUGCGACACGGAGAGGGAGAAAUUCUGGCGUGUCGGUAACAAGGAGCGCGAUGGGGAAUACGGGGCAUGUUUCUUCCCUCUGAGCCGCGGUCAGACGGCUGGCCAGCCUCCUCUGCUGUACUGUGCCAGGCCCGGUUCCCGGCUCUGGGAGGCCAACUUCACCGGAGAGGUCCUCAGCACGCACCAGUUUAAACAGCUACUGGCCAUUCCCCCCAUACCUCUGGUCAGCUACAGAAGUGAGCCUCAAUACAACACAGCACAGAAGAGUUCUCAGUCCAUCGCUUUCCCCAGGCUGCUCUACUUUGGGGAUCAGAAGCUGUUGACGUGGACCGACUCGGCCAUCUACGUCUUCACCCCUCAGAGUGGCCAGGUCCUGCUGUGGACUGAGGUGAAAGACGUCUCCGAGAUCGCAGUGUACCGCAACGAGCUGUUCUGUCUCCAUGGCGACGGCCGCCUGUCCCACCUCUCGCUGUUGUCCGUGGAGCGCUGUGUCGAGAGGUUGCUGCGCAGGGAGGCGUGGCCUCUGGCGGCUGCCGUCUGUGUCAUGUUCCAACAGGCCAUCGCCCCUGCCAGGGCAAGGAAGUCGAUCCCCAUCGAUCGGCUGGAUCACCUUAAGUCACAGCUGAGUGUCUUCGACGACGUGGAUCUGAUUGGCCAGCUGGAGGAAGUGAUCACCAAGCUGGAGCCUUUAGACUCCGCAUCUAGCAGUCGCAGGAGCAGUAUCUCGUCCCAUGAGAGCUUCAACGUUCUGGAUUGCGGCAUCUACCGUGUCAUCAGCAGGCGAGGCAGCCAAUCGGACGAGGAGACCAGCUCCUUGGUCAGCCAGUCGAUGGUGGAGGAAGAGCGUCUGAAGGAGUUCAGCUUCGUUCAGGAGGAGGAACAACACCAGCAGGGGGCGGAGCAUGAUCCCCCAGGCGGAGUCAUUCUGGAGGGGGAGCGUUCUGAACCCAGCAGUAGCCACCCCUUCCACCUCCCCCUGUCAUUCCGCCCCAAACACUCCCGCAUUGCUCUACAGGCGGUCCGAGACAGUGUGUCCAGUUUCGUGAAGAAGACUACUGAGAAGAUCAACACUCUCCAGAUGAACUCUGACCUUUGGCCACGCCCCCCUGACCCUAAGGAGGGGACUCAUGGAAACGUGGAGGUCAUCGCUGUCCCCGCGUCGUUUCCAGAAGACGUUGACAAUGAGGAGCCUAUCGACCAACCGACAGCCAAGUCUGAACUGCAGGACCUGAUAACAGCAACACAGAGAGUACUUGCUCAGAUCCAGGAUCCAUUGGUUCUGUUCGACCCAGUCUGUCUUAAAGGAACCCUACAGGAAUGGGUUCUUCUGUUGGAGCGGGUUCUAGGCCCGGAGGAGCAGCGUUCGGCUUGUGAUGGCAAAUCGGUUGUUGGUCAGGAAGGGGACACAGAUGUUCCGCCUGAGAUCACCGCCAUCUGUCCAGAAGAGUUGACAGAGGAGGUCCAGGAGGAGGAGGACGUGGUGAAGAGAAGAGAUGAUUCCUCACAGUGGUGUGAAGGACAGGAGGACCACCGCAGGCCUGAAGAGCCUCCCGAAACCACCGAUGCCCAACCUCCAGCCCCAGAGCCCCUGAGAGUGUGCUCCCCCAAACCCCUUCUUUCAGACCUCCAGGCCGACCUCACCCAGCUGGCCACUCUGCACUUGGAGCUGGGCUGUUUCGAGGACCCCGCCGUCCGGAAUGAAAGGGGUGAGGUCGGGGUGGUGGGGUUCCUGAGGCGCUGGUUCUUCCUGCUGGACCAGGAGCGGGUGAGGAGCAUGUGUCUGCUCAGCUACCGGGAACAGCCAGAGGUCCACAGCUCCUUCAUGGAGGCGAUGCUAGAGGUCACCCAGACCAGUAAGAUGACGGAGGUGAUCCAGAAAGGGGACCUCCUCAAGUCUCUGCGCUGCCUCCGGGAACUACAGCCCUGGAGUUCUCCCGUUCUGCUCAGUCACCUGCACAGGUUGUAUGAGAAGCACGGGGAGGUGGCAGUUCGCUCCUUCGCCCAAUUCUAUCCCACAAUCCUACCAUCUGAUAUCGAUGCCAUGGCCAAUCAGAGCCACUUCCUGGCUUACCUGGACAACCUCGUCCAAUCAAGGCCCGAGGAGCAACGCCUAUCAUUCCUGGGCUCCCUCCUCCAACCAGAGACUCUGCGACAGGAUUGGCUGGUGCUGGCCCUGACCCACGAUGCACCUCAACAGAGCGAUACGCUGACCGCUGACGGACAACCACGUUGGCACUCUCAUUUCUUCAGCUGGGGCUACGGGCGUCUCCUGUCCCUCCUGAUCCGUCUCCCUGCCCACCUGGCAGCCAAGCAGACGAUGGCUGAAACCUGCAGGAGUCACGGGUUCUGGACAGGCUAUAUCUACCUGUGUAAUGAGCUCCAGCGCCGUACGGAGGCCCUGUCCACCAUCUGUAGACUGGAUGACAUGUGCCUGCUGGAGGAGCCUCAUGGCAUCGUGCCUCAGACCAUGGAGGAGUGGAAGGUGCUUCUCCAGCUGUCUCAGCAGUGCAGAGCAUCGUCCUCCUCCCAGACCCCUUCAACCACCACAGCCUCUAGCAGAACCUGCAGCCCCAGCCUGUCCAACGGAGGCUCUGCAGAGGGCCCGAGCAGCAGCCAGACCAGUAUGACCCCGGAGAACCUGCUCCUGCGUCUGGCCCGGUCAGUGGGUCCCGACCGGGCUCUGGUGGCACUACAUGAGGUGGGGUUGCAGUCGGAGGUUGAGCUCGGGCCACACUCCACCCUGGUCUGUGAGCUGCUCCGCAUGGCGGAGAAGAGGCAGAGGGCUCUUAUCCAGACCAUGUUGGAGCGCUGUGAUCGCUUCCUGUGGUCCCAGCAUGCUUAGCAAGAAUAUGCCAGCCAACAGCAUUUAGCUGAAGUAGUUGAUGACUGUUCCAUUCCGAUUCUGUGAGGAAACUCAUUCCAAUUCUCCUCGUUGAAAAAAAAACUAUGGAAUCAACUGAACUGAAUUGGCCCCAGGCCUGACUCAGCCAUCAGAAUCAAAAUAACCCCCUAACCUGGGGUUGCAUAACCCAUUAUACCUACUAACUAGUGUUUCACCUAAUGCAUUUGUGUUUUGGCGCUGUUCCUGGUAGUUCAUUACACACAAACAUUCCUGUAUGCAGCUCUUGAUGUCCGGUUACAAAGAUGUAGGUUUUUAUGUUUUAUAGUUGCCAAAACCCUGAUAUCUAUUAAAUGUGUGAUUCAUGUAUAAAUUACCUCAUAGUGUUGUUUUGAAAUGAGAUCCUGAAAACACAUGUCCAUCUGGAUGAUGACGUAUCUGCACUAACUACUGAGCUCCUGUUAAUUUAUCGUCAGUUUCUCCUUGGGUCUGCACUGCAACAUGGGUAAAAGGCAUCUAAAUGAAAAUAUUGAAGAGAGAAUAUUUAAUUGAAAUGUGCUUAUCUAUUAAUAUUUAAUGUGAAUAAAAAAAUAGAUCUAUUCGAUGGUCUGUUAUUACAAUCUA